GGCGGGAGUGGUGGGAGCGUGUCGAAGCCGUUGUUGGCGAGCCGAAGGAUGGUGGCCGAGGACAUUGGCGCCAAUCUCCCUCUUGUCCCUGCUCUGACAGAGCUUUGCAUUGGUGCUCUGGUGGCUCACUUUGAUACCCAUCCAUGUCUUGCUCAGCUGCCGCGCAAGUACCAGGACAAGGUCCUGGCUCUCCUUGAUCCCCGCCUCCCGCUCCCGCUCACGGCUCCCAUCAUCGCCCACGAGUCGUACUGGAAGCGUGUCGUCCACGCCCGCCUCGGCCCUGAUGUCGACGUCUCGGAUCAUGGCGGCUCGUGGAAGCGGGCCCUGUUUGAGAUCCUCGUCGCUCGUGCUCUGGCAAAGUGCUCGGGCGAGCCCGGCCCGGAUCUGCUCCGCCUGGUUGCUCUGGGCGCUCCGCACAUCAAGGCGCUCAAGGUCGAGGUGCCUGGCGAUGCCAGCCUCGGCGUCUUGCUCAAGGGCGCGCAUGCGCUGCCGCGGCUGGCGCAGCUGCGGGUCAACUUUGGCGCGGGUGAGCUGGGUAUGGGCUAUGAUGCCAGCUUGCUGCGGGCAUCGACCCCGGCAGUGCGUGCGCUUUCGGGCGCGCUGGUGGCCAACAGCGAGCUUGUGGUUCUCGACGUGGUCAACUCGGGCCUCGACGACGCCAUGACGCGGGUCCUUGUAGCCGGCUUGUUGGAGAACCACUCGGUGACCUCGCUCUCGCUCGCGCACAACAAGAUCGGCGACCGCGGCGCGCGUGCAUUGGCCAAGUACAUCGCCACCUCCAACUCGGUCCUCGCCGAGCUCGAUCUGGAGGACAACGUCAUCGGUGAGGCCGGCGGCGUGGCGCUGGGCCACGCCCUCCACACCAACUCGCCGCUCCUCGAGCUCAACCUCCGCCUCAACCGACUCAGCGACGGCUGCGCGUACGUAUGUGCCGGGCUAGUCAACAACGCGACGUUGACCUCGCUCAAUCUCGCCGCCAACUCGCUCGACACUGUCCAGGGUGUGACGCAGCUGGCCGAGCUCGUCCGCCACAACGAUACCCUCACCGCCCUCGACAUAUCUGCCAACGCCAUCAUGUCCAAGCUCGGCGCCAAGCUUAAGGACGGCAUCGAAUCCAACGAGACGCUCCUCACCAUGGACACUCGAUUCUGCCAGCUCUCGCGCGAGGCCGAGCUUGCCAUCGACAACGUCCUCGCCCACCCCAGCUCGCGGUACGACCGGCAGCGGUUUGUGGGCGUUGGCAUUGUGCCUGACAACCAGGUCGGCCCGUCGAUGCUCUUCCCAUCGGGCAAGUUUACUUUGCAUUCCACCGACGGCAACGUGGUGACGCAGGGCGUGAUGCAGGUCUCGUUUGCCGCCGGGCGGGUCGAAGGCUCGGGGCACGACGUCCAGGGCCCGUUCUCGAUCGACGGCUUCUACUCGGACCGGACGCAGCGGGUUGCCUGGCUUGCGCUGUACGAGACUGGGACUCACGUCGACUACCGUGGGCGGGCGAACCUGCACGCGCCGACGGUCGGCAUUGCCGGGCAAUGGACGAUUGUGUCCGACUACCGCGGCGGGACGACGACUGACGUCUUCCAAGCCUUUUACAUCGACCCCACGGCAAACCCGAUCGGGAUGGGCACGCAAGUCUUUGCGCAGCAACGCGGCGGCGCGGCGGCGAUCCACGGCGAUAUUCCCGGUGUGGUCGUCCACGCUGAGUCGGCGCUGCAGAACCUGCCGGGCUCGAGGCCUGGCUCGCAGUCGGGCUCGCCAGCGGACGAACAGCAGACCCCGCCAAUCGGCCCGCCGCCACCGCCUGGCCCGCCGCGGUCAUCAUCACAGGCAUCCGGCGAAGACUCGGGCUCUGAGGCCGCGGUGCGUCCUCCCAGCUUUCGGCCGGGUCCAGAGCCGGCGGCGCUGGCGCACGAGUCGCGGCGGCAUGUCUCGGCCUCGCGGUCGUCCAUCGAGAUGGACUCGCUUCCGCCUGCAUACUCUGAGCCGCACUCGACGGCCACUGCGCCUGUUCCGCUGACACCCAUGCCCAUGCUUACGCCGCUGGUGGCGACUCGCAUGGUUGUUCCACCGAUUGGCGCGCCUCCAGCGCCGCGCACCCCGACCUCGGGCUCUGGCGGCUCCGGCGGCGACUUUUACCCGCCACCGCUUUUCAAUCCCUCGUCGUCAUCACGCAACGACUCUGCAUGA